AUGCCCCUCUGCUGGCCCUCGGGCCUCUCGGCUCGCUUGUUCAAGAACCGGGAGAAUGACCCCACCAAUCCGGAGAAACUUCCCGACAGCGGGUCCAGCACUACCUCCGCAUCCGGGUCCACUCUCGGCCCCGAGGCCGAUACAAAGCCGCAAAAGUCCAAGAAAACGAAAUGGAAGGGUCGCCGAACAAAGAAGAAGAAAAGCGACGACAACAAGACGACGGAAGACAACUCGGAUCUAAAGAAGGAUGGAGAAGAUGCCAAAGUUGAGUUGGAGGGGAACAAGGAGGGGGAAAAGCGCAAGGUGGCAGUAGGCUCCGUCUGCGAGGCCAAGAACAUCUACAAGGGCCCAGCCGAUGAAGAAGGCAACUGGACCUGGUCAGACAAGUGCCCCGACGAUGUGGAAGAAGCUGCUGAGAACGAGGAGACGGCUAAGUUCGCCAUCAUCGUCCGCAAGCAAAAGAGUAAUGACAGCCGGAAGAGUCUCGAGGCUCACAGCAUCAUCAUUCAGAGCCCCUGGCUCCGAAAGGCCCUUUCCGAUAUCUUAAAUGGCUAUCACGGAGUCGUCUGCGAACUGUCUCGACUCGAAUUCGAGGCACCCUUCAAGCCAUUCGUGCACCGAUGGACCGAGUUUACCAAAUACCUUGAGAAACCCGACCUAGACGAGAAGACAAAGGAGCACAUGCAGCUUCUGUACAACAUCCUGGAUUACGAGAUCGGGGACAAGGUCAGGGCCUUCCAGGACUAUCUGCGCAAUGGUGUUGUCAGUUUCAAAGAUCUCUGGAUGAUCUUCCAACCAGGACAGAUUGUCGUGUCCAAGCACAUCGGCAAAUUAAGUGGUUUUGAGAUGCUCGAAACCGAGUACAUGUCGGAUCAAUGCGGCAAGUUCUUGCAGGUUCGGUGUGACUCUGUUGAGUACGAUGGCAAGGAGUUUGGCCGCUACAUGGAGUCAAUCAAUAUUCCCGAGUUUUUGGGAACCAAGAAGAUCACUGGUCUCAAGGUUUACCCUCUUCACUUCCAUGAAAAGCAGGAGGGGUUGAAAGCCGAACUGAUCAAACGCGGCGAGAUCUUUGAGAAGCUCGCUGGCCACCAUUACAAGCAGUACACUGGAAAGGCCAUCACAUGGGAUCGGGAGGGCAACGAGGUCGAAGUCCAGAUUAACGGCCGCAUUGUUGUCGAUAUUGACAGCUUCAAUCGGUUCAGCCCGUUUAGGGCGCGCUAUGUUAACGAAUGGACUCCUGCCGACCUAGAGAACUUUACCAAGUACAAAGCAGAGAAGGGUUUGCCCGACGAUAAGUUUGUGUUACCUCCCUACUACCAGAUGAUUGCUCGUCCACGAACGAGCGGAUACUCGCUCAAGUACAAGAAGUGGGUGGACUUCUUCGUCGAUCAGAUCAGCGAGAUCGAGUGGAAUGAACACGCUUUCGACAGGCUGGUCCUUCCUCCCGACCAGAAAGAGCUCAUUCUUUCUUUUUCCGAGUCUCAGCUCGCUGGUAGUAAAUUUGACGACGUCAUCUCAGGCAAGGGCAAGGGCAUUAUCUGCUUGUUGUCAGGCCCCCCUGGCGUGGGCAAGACCCUGACCGCAGAGGCUGUCGCCGAGAACCUCAGGGUUCCGCUACAUAUGCUUACUUCGGGAGAACUGGGUUCGGAUCCAUGGGUAGUCGAGCGUGAGCUGACCUCCAUUCUUGAACUGGUCGCCCGCUGGAAUGCCAUUCUGUUGCUUGAUGAGUGCGACGUAUUCCUCGAGGCACGCAGCACGCACGAGUUGGAGCGCAACAAGAUUGUAUCAAUUUUCCUACGCACGCUCGAAUACUACGAAGGCAUCAUGUUCAUGACGACCAAUCGUGUCGAGGACAUUGAUGCCGCGUUCCAGUCACGUAUCCACGUCAGCAUCGAGUACCCCGACCUGAACUCCGUCUCGCGUCGUACCAUCUGGUCAAACUUUCUCAAAGGCUCAAGCCUGAAGAGUUCGCUCACGGAUAGGGACAUUGCGGAGCUGGCCGAGCUGAAACUCAAUGGUCGUCAGAUCAAGAACGUACUGAAGACUGCGCAAUUGCUGGCUGCCCGCAAGAAGAGCCCUACGCUUGACAGGGAGUUUAUCGAAACAGUGUUGAAGAUCGAGAAGAAGAGGCCAGGUGUUCCUCAGCCUGAUAAGAUGUUGCACUAUAUGUAA